AUGAUUGCUGAGUAGUUAUUGAAAAGCAUAAUAUGCUUUUUGUUCAUCAUCAUGGCACUUUGCAGACUCUUUAAAAUUAGGCCAAUAGGAUUUUCAAAGACCACUGUUUUUUCUAAGUUAUUUCUCGCUAAAGUUUAUAUCUAAUAUACUUAGGCUGGAAUAACUCUGUUCAUUAUGAUAAUGCUCUUGCUUGAUCCCAUCUAUAAAGAUAGUGAUUACUACGAUAUUGUCAAGGAAAACAGGUAUUACAGUUUCUUACUGCUGAUAAAUGCUAUUGCUUGGAUUUUUGCAGCUAAGCUAAUGAGAUAUGAAUAUAGAAAAAGAUUAUCAGAGUACCUGCCUCACUGGAUAUUUUGGUCAUUGUUCUUUAUAGUUGAUACAACAUUCCUAUUUCUGAACUUCUAAAUUUAUGGGAACCUGCUGAAAGUUGUUGAUAUUGUUUUCUGGGUAAUGAAUUUGACAUUGAUUGUGAUGAUGUUCAUGACAAAGAGAAGGACUAAGAGCAACCCUAGACCUGAAGAAUCAAGCUUCCACAAAAAGAGCCGCACUAUGAAUAAUGAAAACAACUUUAUCCAAAUUAAAAUGAACAGAAAACUUAUCGUUGAAUAAUAGAAAGUAAUGUACGCUUUCUCAGUAAUAAUAAAUGAUGAGGAAAAGCAGGAAAUAAAGCUGCAAAAAUCCUAUGCUGAAUUCGUGGAACUAGAAUCUUAUGUAGUCGAUAUUAUAAAUCAUUACAAUCGUAGAAACAGCACCAAAUUUCCUCUCCUUAGUAAAUCUAACUGGAAUGGAAAUAAAAUACUUUAAAAAUCAAAAAGUAGUGGUCAAUACGAUUAAUAAAUCAUGAAUUCUGAUAAACUAUUCCUAAAGAGGAUUGAAGAUUUAGAAAGAUUCCUCAAAAAUUUAGUUUAGAGACAAGAAUUCUGGACUCCAAGAGUUUUUGAAUUUCUUGAGUUGCCUUAAAAGAUCCAAAUUUAAUUGCAGAAAGAGAAUAAUAAAUCAAAGUACAAAGAAUCAAACAAUAAAAGAAAACCAAGCUAUGCAACUAAGCAAUCAAAAGUAGAAAAUGGAAAGGAUACAUCUUAAGAUAGCUAAGCUUCUCAUGAAUCUUUAUAAGGAGAUGUUGACAAGUAUACAUUGAUCGAUGAUUACAUUCAACCAAAGGCUAGUUCAGUAGCCUUAAAUGGUAUAUCCGAGGAUUAAGAAGGGUACAGUCUUAAUCAACCAUUUAAAAUAAAAGUGUUGGAUUGGGUGAGAGCAUCUUAAAUGGGAGAAGAAUAUAUUGAAUACAGAAUGAGUAUCAGCUUUUUGGAAGGCCAGGAGAAAAGCUGGAUCAUUAAUAAGCGAUACAGUGACUUCAAAGAACUUGAUUAACUACUUUAGAAAGCGCUUUAGCCUAAGAUAUCGGCAGGCUCUAGUAUUGAGAUGCCUUAAAUCCCACCUAGAAUUACUAACUAGGAUAAGAUAUCUUUAGACAACAGAAAAGUUUAACUCUAGUAGUACAUUAAGAGAGUAUUCGAUUUGAAGGAUCUACCCCAGGUAGUAUUAGAGUUUAUAGAUUUUUACUAAAAUACUCAAAUGAACCUAAGAUCAAGUGUCUUAAAUACAAUUGACAGAAUCACUUCAGCUUCUGUUCUAAUUGAUUUUAACGAGGUCUUAAUUAUUGACGAGAAGGCCAAGACCUUCUACAUAUUAAAAGUUAUAAUAAAUGAAGGAAGAAAUUAGCAGGUCUACUAAAUAAAGAAGAGAUACAAGGAUUUUUAAAACUUCAAUCACUUUAUAUAUCAAACCUUUGUUAAUGACCCAGAUCUUCUCAAACUUAUACCUCAUUUCCCAUCAAAGAAGACUGAAAAUGGCUUAAUUUUAUCUGAUAAUGAUUUGCAGAAAUUGCUAGAGAAGUACAUCAAUUUAAUUUUAGACCAGCCAGAGUUCAAUAACCUUAUCUGCAUUAAAACAUUCCUAUCUCAAAGCAAUCUUUCAAGUUAGUAAUCCGAUAGUUAAUUGAAUGAGUCAAAUAUGAGCCCUCUUCCUAGUCCGAUGCAAAAUAUGGGACUUAUCAAUAGAAGUAUAGUUGGAUCAGAGCAAGGUGAAUUCCCCUUGUAAACUCAUCAUACUUUUAAGGUAAGACUUUUAAUUUAUCAAUUUAUUUUAGGGUAUAUAAAGGAUGGAAACAUCAGAACUUUAUGA